UCAUCACUCAUACUUUACAAACAGUCACACAAUAUCAUACUUACAAUCAAUUGCAUAUGAAUGGAUCCACAAGAUUCCCCUCCUAAGCCACAUCAAGUUCAAGCACAGCGGCAGGCAAUAAAUCAAGUUGAUACAAAAUUGCAGAGUCGACCAGACAGAGAAGUGGAUUACAAUAAUCACCCAAGACAAUCGUGUUUGACGAAUCAUACACAAGGAGAAUCUAAUCUUAAUCCAAAACACAAUCAAGGGAAACAACUGCGGAAAAAACUUCCAUCAAGUCCUGUGCGUCAAAAUCACGAUCAAGGUCAAAUAUCCCAGGAGCUACAACAAAACAUAGAACGAAGAAAUAAAGGCCCUCAUUUUGAGGAACAACUCCCGCAGGCAAGAAGAGAAUCUCAAGCGGAUAAUGACAUAGAUGAAGAAGAACUUUGUGCACUCGAGAAACAAAUUGAGAACGAGUACAAGCUUUUUCAAAAGGAAAGGAAAGCAGCCUAGGAUCAAUUCCUUUACAACUCUUCAUUGAGGCAUAAAGGGCAACUAUCCAGUCUUCCAAAUUAUCGUGCUGCACUCUUAAAUAGUAUUUAUCAAAACAGAGGUCUAAUAAGUGAACAAUCC